GAGCUUGAUAAUGAAAGGCAGGAGAAAAUGCGGACAAAUGCGGAUAGAUCAAAGAAUUGGCAUAAAUUGGUAAAGUUCGUCAUUUUUACAAUCAUUGUAGUGUAGAUGCUGGGAUCGGAGCUGAGAUUAGUCUUGGCAGUAACACUAACAGAUUGCCGAGUGUGCUAGAUCAAUAGAAUAGAGAGCGACGAAGGCUGCCCUGUACAUCGACUUCAGCAAGUCACUCUCGUGCCAAUGGCUGCUUUGCAUUUACUGGUAUUGUAAUACGGCUGGCAUUCAGCGUCUCUCGUAGUGAAUGUCGAGCAAGAGUAUUCUGCUUACAUACCGGGCAUAGCUUCGGACAACAGUGCCCAGCGAUGAAGCCAUACACUAGCGCACCCUUUGCUCAGUAUCUGCUAGCGGUCAUCGCAACACCCCUGCUAAUACUGCUACAAGUGAAUGUUUGGGAGGCUACCGGCCAAGAAGGAGGUGGUACCGGUAAGGUGCUCACACACAUGGCUGCAUUCCCUGGCAAUGUCAUGGACCUCGCCGAUCCGAAAACCAUCAGCCUGCCUCGCCUGGACGGCGUACAUGUAGGGCACGCGCGGAGCAUACGCGUACCUAGCUUGAACCCGGACGGCAGCCAUGCAGGCUCCCGCACAAGAACACUGGUAAUGAGGACUAUCAGCAUGACUCCGUUAGUGUUUGAAAUUGAACACUUUCUCACCUCGCAUGAGUGCAAGUUGUUUCGUGACAAUGCGAAAGGCACAGGGUUGGAGGAAGUCGUCUUGUCCACUGACGGAAAUCCCGAAGUCCUUGAGGACCACACGCGGGAUGAUGUUCUCAGUGAUCGACUAGCUGAAAUCGACUCGGAUGGAAACGAGCAGAUCACUUUGCAUGAGCUGCAAAUGUCAUUCCAGGAAGCGUUGGAGACUACAAUGCCUCUCGACGAGAUCGAGAUCAUGAUCAACUCUCUGGAGGUAGAUAGCAACAAUGAUGGCAUUCUAGAUAUUGCAGAGUUCCGUGCAGCCAAUGUGCCGGCCGUGAUCAGUUAUGUGAGGAACUACCACAACACUGUGCCGGGAAGUCGGCGUCGCUUCCUGCACCAAGCGACGUUCGAGGAGCAUGAGGAUGAAAACUGGCUGAGCAAUGUGCGCAAGCGCAUUGCCAAGGUGACUGAAAUCCCCGAGUCGUUUGUGAAGAAAAGUGAGCCGGUUCAAGUUAUUCGCUACACGUCCGGUGGAUUUGCUCAAUGUCACCUUGACAGCGCCGACCCGUUUCAGAGCAGCAGCAGCGGCGGCGGCAAUGCGGAUGGUCAGGAAGAGGAAGAGCAGGCUGAUGGUGAUGGUGAUGGUGCCGGAGAAGGACGCGGGGGACUGGCAUGCUGUACCUUCUACAGCGACCAGGCCGCGCAGUUUGCGAGCUGCCGAAAAUGCAGGUAUGCCACUGUUCUCAUGUACCUCACUGAUGUGGCGGACGGCGGCCAGACCGCAUUCCCUGCCGCCAACGUCACCGACAUCAACGUGAACGAGUCACGGAGAGAGGAGUUUACAUCCAUGACUGGCAGGCACAACCUGGUGGAGAACUGUGGAGGACUAACAGUGAAGCCGGAGCGUGGCAAAGCCCUUCUCUGGUACAGUCACCUGGCUCCGGAUUUGUCCGACGUCUCGAAAAACAUCAACAACAACGUCGGCCCCCUUGAUCACAGCACUCUGCGUGGCAGCUGCCAGGUGCACCGCGGCGACAAGUGGGUCGUUAACAACUGGAUCAACUAUGAGUUCUACCACGGUAGUCCACCAGACGGCUAUGGUAGCACCUGGGGCAUGGAAGCCGACGCCCCCAAGCCGCCGAGUCCGGCGCGUCAAAUCUUCCAGGCUAUCAUCAGUGGUGAGCAGGAGCGGAUGGAGGGGAGUCAAGAAAAGAACAGCGACACGCGCGACCAACCCCGUUCUCGCCCAAAGUCUCCCGCCGGCUCCCCGGAUCGUGGUGAUCGGACCGCGGGCGAAGAGCAUUUGCAUCAAGAACAUGAUGAAUUAUGACGAACAUGCUGUGAGUGACGGACUGACUCUGAACAGUAAUAUUUAUGUACAUCUAGCUCAAACACUGUUCACUAGAACUGGAAGUCCAUACUUUGGGUAAUAUCUAUUCUGCGGCAACAAGCAGUAAUAUAAAACAGUAUUGUUUCCCGGCUCAGUGAUCAUGAUGAGUUGAUCGUACAUGACUUAAAGAAGCGUGUAAACUGCACAUGCAGUACUAGUACAGAGCCGACGAUUGAUUAUAACCAAACGGACCUAACCCCUCGGGGCAGACGCUGUUCCGAAAUUUAUCUUCUGGACAAACAAAUUUUGCACUGCCAGUGUACUGGUGCAUGUUUGGAGACACUCGGCUGUACCUAAUGUUAUACAAUUCCAGUUUCCACAACAUAAUAAGAAUCAUUGUCGGUGUUUAGUAAGGAUGGCGUAACUCCUCUGUAGCCUUGUCAUGAUUUUAAUUUCUAUCGCCCACAGCCGCACAGAGUCCUCAGUGGCUACACAAAAUGAAAACCUCUCCAAAUCUCUCCAAAACAAACUUCAAAUUCUAUCCAAAUUUUCGCCUUCAGGGAUAUGUUAUUAUCGUUAUUAUUGUCGUUAUUGUUGUUACCGCAUCAUUCAGGACCGCCGGAAGCCGUUUCUGAUUGGUCCGGUAGUAUCAUCACCUUUCAUACUUUGUGUACGAUACGGCGGGUCCACGUGACCUCAGUAGGAAACGUGUACCGGUAUUGGUGGCCAAAAGUGUGGUCCAGUAAUAUCCUGACCAACCGGACCGGUUCCGGCGGGCCUGUCAUUUCAUACAGAAUUAUGAAGUCGCACAACUGAA